UCCAAAAUGUCGAUCUGUAAAUCCGCAAUUUCUCCAAAAAUCGACACCAGACCGCCGAUUUUGUUCGUAGAGAACGUUCUGCAUUCGACAAAGCUAGUGCACGACAUCCGGCGACAGCGCGAGAUUGCCAGAGAUAACAAGGAGCUCCUGAAACGAAUCAACAAGAUCAAUCGAACUGAGGGAUUCCUCGGAGUCAAAUACGAUUACAAACCGAAGAAGUUGCUUCACUUGGAAGCCCGGAAAUGCAAUGCCAACCAGAUUGAACAGGACAAUCUGGCACUGCUGCAGAGGAUCUUGAACGUUAAACCGGAGAUAAACGCCUCCGCUCAGGAGAAGUCCUACCAAAAAUUAAUCAAAUAUAGAAUCAUUUGCAACAAGUUCUCCAAGCAAACUGAAAAACUACCGAGGAAAUCGAAAUCUCCCACUUGUUCGCGCAUUCGGAUGGAACUCUUUGAACGCACCGAUCGCAAGUUGGGUUCAAUCAAAAUCAAUAUAAAUGUCACUGCUCUAGUGGAUCAUUUUAGGAAGGAGAGGAUCAACUGCCUUGACGGAAGCAUCCAUCGGAUCUAUCAAAAUCAAUACAUCGUAAUCCGUGGCCACUUCGGUGCGGUUGAUUAUGGCAAAGAAUCGCAAAGGCUGCUGCUCGAACAUGUCGGACGAGGAUCGCUGCUGAGAGCAACUGUAAACGAUCAGCCAGCUUUGUUGAUAACUCUGAAGACAUUUCCACGGCUUGCCAACUGCGAAUUGAUUGGAAUCGUGGAUGACGACUGCGAAAGGAUGCUUAAUGUUUUGAACUUUUACGGUUCAACGAACGGAAGAACAUUGGAGCCUUUGUGUUUUCGAGUGAAAAUCGAUCGACAAUAA